AUGGAGCGAUAUGCACUUUCAGCUCUCUGUCUUGGUCUCUUCCUACUGAUCCAUCAAUCCCAAUGUACAAAUAAAGUCAUCUUCAUAUCCUUUGACGGAUUCCGUCAUGACUAUCUUGAUAUGGCCAAAGCGAAGGGCAUAAACAUCUCGGCAUUUGAAGAAAUACGAUCGCAAGGAUUUCAGGCCAUAGUUAACAAUGUCAUGACAACUCUAACCUUCCCAUCACACUUCUCCAUGGCUACGGGUAGGAAUGUUGAAAACCACGGUCUUGUUGGGAAUAAAUUCUACGAUCCCGAAACAGCCAAAACUUACGUUUUCACAAAUAACAACAACAAUAUUGAACCUGAGUGGUUUGAAUAUGCUGGCUCGGAAGCACUUUGGGCAACGAAUGAGAGACAUGGCUACCGGAGUGCUGUUUUUUCAUGGGUAGGAAGUGAGGCUAGGAUUAACAAUAAAUUAGCCUUUGCUACUGCGGGUGUCUACAACACAGCUUACAGUCUGAUUUAUCGAAUUAAACGAAUGCUCGAUUGGAUCUCCAGUGAUAGUUUCAAUCUUGGCAUGCUCUACUUCAACCAGCCUGAUAGUGCUGGGCACAGGUUUGGACCCGAUUCUCAGGAGGUCAUGCAAGAAAUAGAACUUUGUAAUGCCGGUGUUGCUUAUCUCCUUCAAAGAAUCAAGGAGACACCUUCACUAAAUGGUAAAAUAAACCUCAUCAUCACAUCGGAUCAUGGAAUGGCUCAGACUGGUGAAAAGAAUAAGAUAGUCGAUGUCUACAAUGUUAUAAAAGAUUUAGAGGUCAUUUUGGAUGAGUCACCUGCCACUCUAGGAAUUUGGCCCAAUGGUUCAACUACUGAAGAGAUAUUAAAUGCUAUUGAACCAUUAAAUGAAAAUGGUUUCAAGAAGUACAUGCAAAAUGAUAUUCCUGAAAGAUACUUUUUCAAAAGAAACUACAGAAUUGCUCCAAUUUACUUAAUAGCAGAUCUCGGUUGGAUGUUCAAAACUGGCCCUUCAGACUACGACCACUUGUAUGGUAUGCAUGGAUAUGACAAUGAGUUUCCAGAAAUGAAUCCAUUUAUGGUGGCAUCUGGUCCUGAUAUUGAGCAGUUCACUGAGAGACAGUCCUUCUUCCAAAUCGACUUUUAUCCACUCGUCUGUGCCCUUUUGAAAUUGGACAAACCCAAUCGAAUAGAUGGCAAAAUUGACCGUGUCUUACGAUUCAUGAAAAACCCACCGAGUGAAGAAUUCUUGACUCAGUUCCGCAAAUACGCUGAUGGUACCCUCCAGCACUAA